AUGGCCGGCAAUAGGGAUAUAAAGUAUCCUGUUGGGCAGCCAGGUUUUAGUAAUAUGAUGUCAGGCUCAAGACAAUUUGUUCAACCAGGGAUGACUUUUCAUCCUCUGAUACAGCAACCAUUACCUCGUAUAGCAGGAGGUAUACCACAAUCUCCUCAACAGAUGUUCCCAUUACAGGGACAAUCAUUCCAGAUGGCGCCACGAAGAAUGGCUCCACCCUCUUACAAUCAACAUAUAUCACAAAACUUUGUCAGGAAUAGACCAGCUAUGGUUGUACCAACAAGGCCACCUCCAUCUCAAAAAGAUAUCCAGUUUCAAAUUCAACAACAACGUUUAAAACAGUUUGGUCAAACCAAACAUGUCAAGGCAGACGCAGAUAAAUUUAUAGAAUCCAUGUUUGGAAAAACUGAGAAACCAAAAGGAAGAAUGGAUAGACAUCUUGUAACUGUUUCAACAGCCCAGCCCCCAGCCUCAUCAUCUCAUUCUACGGCAUCCUCAUCACAUGUUUCUAUAUCACAACAGUCCACACCUACGAUACAGCCUUCUAUGUCACAUACUUCCUCUGAUAAUCCAGGACAGGUAAAUGCCAAGAGGAUUGGCCAAGGACCAGCAGUUAGAAAGGAUCCUCAUGAGCCUAGAUUGUUAUCCUAUCCUGAAACCAAAGUAACCAUUAUUUGUCAUAACUCAUUGCCUUCUUCAGCUCAGUCAGUUCCAGAAGAUGAUGGUUUUGGUGAUUUUCUGCAAGGACCAAUGACUUCUAGUACUUCUAAACCUCCAGAUGCCUCCCCAGCCAGUGCUUCUGUGGUAACUGAUAAUACCCACCCUAAUCCUGCUAGUGUGCAACCAGACACUAGUACUGUUACAACCUCAAAACCUCCAGAACAAAAGAAAGAUGAGAGUGGAAGUGAAACAUCUGAGAAAACUGUGAUUCUACCAGCUGAUUCCCCAUCUUUACAGACUACCACGACUGUAUCACCACCUAAAAUACCACGAUUAGACAUCGACCCAGAAUAUGAUAUAGAAUUUGAGAAUGAUGUAAUCAGCCCUAUAGAUGACACAAUGUUGAUGUUACCCUCGUCCCCACUGUAUCCAGGUAGUGAACCCUGUUACCACCGUAGAAAAAAACCUCGCAGAAUAGAUGAGAUCACUCCAGACGACAAUUUAAAACUACAGAAUCAAGUAUUAGAACUGCAGAAACGAGUGUUAGCACAACAGUUGGUGAGAGAAGAAAAAGCAGAUUUCCGUGCCAUGGAAUGUGAGGAAAGGGAGAGAAUUUUGUUUGAUUUACAACAAGCUAAAUUAACUCUAGAACUGGAGGUUUUAAAACAGAAAUUAGGUCAAAGUAAAUCCACUGACAAUCAAUCUAAAGAAGGAGAGAAAGCAGAUGACAUGUUUUAUGUUAAUUAGAUCAAGUGGACAUCACAAUAUUUAUCACGAUAUUGGAUCAUAUCACAAUAUGACUAAAAAUAUAAAUUUCUAUACUGCUAUAUAUUUAUGAUACUGUACAUCUUCAUAUUACCUUAAUAUUGAUUAUCCUUUAGCAACAUUUAGAGGUAGAGAUCACAUUAAAUAACAGACACAAUUUUAUGGUAUACUACUCCUUAAUUUUAUUACACACUACGUUUGAACAGUGUACAUUGUCAUCAUCUUCACCUGAAGAUGACCAUGUAGAUUGUUGC